CCACACUGGACCCUGGACGUCCAAUUCAAUUAGAAUAGGCGUCCGCCACUCUCUUUGCCUCCCCUCCUCAUCACUACAGCGACAUCGAGUGUCAUUCGCCACCAUGUCCUCCUCACCAACAAGCACGCUUCCGACUAAUGGCAACGCGCAGGCCAAUGGCGUCAAAGCCAACGGCGUCAAUGGCCACAGCAAGGCAGCCAAUGGCUCCUCCCCCAACACGAAGCGCAAACGCGUCCUAAUCAUCGGCGCCGGUUGCUCAGGCAUGUCCGCGGCCUACUCCCUCUCUCUCUCCCCCGAAGAGUUCGACGUCAAGGUCUACGACCGUUCCCCCUCGACGGGUGGCUCUGCCACAUCCACGCAGCUGCCCGACCCUAAGCGCUUCAAUGCAGACUACAUCAACGAUGGAGUGCAGGGGGCUAGCCCGGUGUUUCAUAACACGUUCAAGAUGUUCGAUAAGGUACUGGGAUUCCAGGCUACAGAGGUCGGGUUGCAGAUUUCUUUUGGCAAAGGCAAAGAGACCUUUUGGUCGAACGUCUUCCCCUCCGAGCUAGUAGAACACUUCUCAGCCGACAUCAAGAAGUUCGGCCGCGUCCUCCAACACAUCAAACGCUUCGAGCCAAUCUUCGCCGUCAUCCCGGUAGACCGCAUGUUGAAGCUCUUCCGCUUCUCCCCCGACUUUGGAGAAAGGAUGGUUUUCCCUCUCGUGGCCCUCUUCUUCGGCACGGGCAAUGAGACGAAGCAUAUCAGCUCCGCUAUUCUGGAGCGAGUCUUCUUGGACCCUUCGAUGCGACUCUUUGAGUUUAGCGAGGAGAGCCUCCUCGCCAGCGUGCCCACUAUGAUGGCCUUCCCUGAGCUUUCGCGCGUGUACGGCGCAUGGAGGCGCAAGAUCGAGGAGAACGGGAAUGUGGCCGUGGAGACGUCUCGCGAGGUGUACGAGAUCCAUCGCGGUACCAAAGAGGCAAAGAAACAGGGCGGACACAUCCUCGCCAAGACACGCCGAGUCAACGCAAAGGAGGAGCCCCUCACCGGCCCAGACGCUGACGAGAGGAUCGAAGUCUUCGACGAGCUUAUCAUGGCCGCCGACGCGGACUCUGCCCUCAAGAUCCUCUCAGCCGGCUCUGGUCCCACAUGGCGUGAGCGCAAAGUCUUGGGGAAUGUCCUGUACAAGUGGGACGUGACGGUGACUCACUCAGACGAGGAGUACAUGCGUCGCCACUACGAGCUCGAUUACCAACCGGCCUACAACGCCAAGCGAGAGGAUGCUGACUCGAAAAAGGCCUUCGAGUAUGCGGAGAAGAACUGGCGUCCCUUGUACCUAAUCAAGAUGUACGAGAAGGACCCAGCUUUCAUCGAGAUGAGCUUCGAUCUCACCCAUUAUCAACCACAGUUCCAGGGUACCAGCCCUGUUGGUUCUGGAGCCCGAAUCAAGGAAGGUCAAGCUCCACCGUCGGAGCGUGAGGGUACGACUUCGCAGGGCAAGGAAGCCACAACGGGUCAGCACCUCGAUCCGGAUCAGAAAGAGCCAAGCUACUCGGACCAUGUAUUCCAGACCAUCUACCUCAACAAGGAGAUGUCCGAUUGGUGGACAAAGGACGAGGUGGCGAAGGAAAAGGUUAUUUUGGAGAAAUGGUGGAAACAACAGAGCCACCGUUGGCAACAUUAUGCAUUCACAGUCCCUUUCAUGUGGGCCAUCAAUCAGGCCGGGUCGGGUACGCAUACCAGUUUCGCGGGGGCGUGGAGUCUGGUCAAUAUGCACGAGGUGGGGAUCGCGAGCGGGUUUUCUGCGGCGUAUGCUUUGGGAGGCAAGUACCCUUUCAAGGAGGAUGAGGAGUGUGCGAGAUUGUUCAGACUCUAUUACGCACUUAGCCAUAUGAGUCGGAUGAGGGGGGAGGAUAGGAAGGGCUUCUUUGCGUGAGGGGGCGCAGCGACGCGCCAUGAUAGGAACACUUGUUCUGGCUCUUGCUUUUCCCCUCUUCCUUCUUUUGUUGUUGUUGUCGCUCUUUCUCAACUCAUGCAUGCUUUUGACGAAUACCACUCGAUCUCAUUGGAC